UUAUAUUUGAUUACAACACACAUGCUACCUCCAACGAAGCAUUACUCACUCCCCGACUUCCCCGCUCCGUGUGCUGUUUAUAUAGACCGCGCAGCCCCGUGUGCGCUCAGUCUACUUUCAGCCGGUGCUCUGUCCACACCGAGGAACGCGGCCAAGAGAUUGCUCAGCAGUACAGAGGGAGGACCGCGCACCGCAGCCGACUCCAGCACUUUGCUCGACGAGAGAGAGAGAGUGAGAGACAGUGAGAGACAGUGAGAGAGAGACAAUUCCACAGAACAAUACACGACUCCAGCGACAUGCCUCUGCCACGGGUUCUGCUGAUGUGCUUGGUCUGCUCCUGCGCUGUUCUGCUGACACGAUGCUACGAGGAUGAGAUCGAGGUGAACUACGCCGAUCCUUUUUACAACGAGAUCGCAGAGGGCGCUCAGCCGGAAAGCACCCAGCCACAGGAGGUGGCACCCACGACGGCCCCCGUCAAAUUGCCGGAGUUCAACAAGUGGGACAAGCUGUUCACCAUGCUGGAGAACUCCCAGAUGAAGGAGAACAUGCUGCUGCAGUACGCCGACAACAUCAUCAAGGUGGAGCUGCAGUCCCUGAGGGGCGAGAUGCUACAGUUUGUGGCCAACUACGCAGGGGGCUGCUCCAGCGCCGUGGACACCGCCGGCCGCCGGCUGUCCCUGCAGCUGGAGAUGAAGCUGGCCCAGGCCACAGAGCGGAUGAAGGAGGUCAACGCCGAGCAGCUGGGCCACCAGGAGGCGCUGCUGCAGCAGCUGGUGAGCGCCAGCCGGGCCCAGACAGCCCGGCUGUCCAAGCUGGAGAGCACCUGCCUGAGCGCUGCGACCACCAAGGACCUCCAGUCUGACCGCUCGGUCCGGGAUGCGACCGCGGCCGAAGGCCAGCUGGAGAAGAGCCUCACCGCCAUGGCAACUGACCUCCAGAAGGCCCGGGUCCAGCUGGACCGCUCCCUGCGGUCGGCCGAGAGGCAUUUCCUGCCUUCAGGGUGUGAGAUGGCUCUGCUCUUCCCCAUGCGUUCCCGGCGGAUCUACGCCGCAGUGACGCCCGACGGCGACAUGGGCCUGCACUCCUUUACGGUCUGCCUGUGGGCCAAAGUGAGGGAGGCACUCAACAAGACCGUGCUCUUCUCCUACGGCUCCAAGAAGAACCCCUUCGAGAUUCAGCUGGUCCUGAGCGGUCACUCACUGCUCUUCACCGUGGGCGGGGAGGCACACCUGGUGGAGGCCGGCAACGUGGUGAAGGACGGCCAGUGGAGCCACUUCUGUGGGUCCUGGAGCUCGGAGGAAGGUCUGGCCUCGCUGUGGGCGAACGGGCUGAAGGUGGCCAGCUCGUCCGGGGUGGCGGAGGGGCACGUCCUGCCCAAGGGGGGGACCAUGAGCUUGGGCCAGGAGAAGAACGGCUACAGCAGCUUUGGCUUCGACAGCGGAGCUGACCCUAAGCUGGCCUUUGCGGGCAAGAUGACCGGGGUCAACCUGUGGGACCGGGUUCUCGAGGAGGAGGAGAUCUUCCAGAACGCCCAGCGGGAAGGCUCCUGCAGCAGCCGGGGGAAUGUAGUGGGCUGGGGAGUGUCCGAAAUUAUUCCACACGGAGGCGCACAAUACAUCAACUAACUGCUGCCGUGGGAAACCUACAAAAGAGCCAGCGUUUCUCAGCCGCACACUGAGUGAUACCAGCAACAGCAACAACAAAGCCCCUUUCUGACAGAAAGACUGAAGUAUGCUCUCCUCACCAGUGAAUGUUUCCCAUUUGUGGAUCUUCUGUUAUUCAUAACAGAAGCAUUACUCGGCUUUAGAAAGAGAAGUCUAACAAACAGCAUUUACCAAAGUAAGAAACCAUUUAUGAAAGAAUAAAGAGUGAGUGGAUCUAAUGUGCUUUUUUGUCGGGAAGCCAGUUUGCAAGGUGCCUUGGAGGGGUCUUCUUUUAAUCUUAUUUUAUUUUGUAUGAACUGAAUCUUAAACUUUUUUCCUCAACUACAUAAUGUGUAAUAUUUCCAACUUUGUAUUUAUCAAAAUGUUUACAUUCAAAUCUGAGAAACAAUAUUUGUAUUUUAUCUCUGUUUUUUUUAGUUAUUUGUGUGUCGCAUUUGAAGUGAUCUGUGAAUCAGUCAAUGUUCUCCCCCAUUCCUCAUUGUUUCCUUUCACACAAAGACAUUUCUUUUGAAGAUCGAUUAAGGAAAAUGUUUACAACGUCUGCCAUGACUGUUUUUCUGUUUUUGAAAUGUAGAAAAUGUGUAUUAUAUUGUAAAUUGUUUCGGUAAGACAUGAAAAUGAAUGUAUUUUGUACAUAAAUAUUUUGUCAAAUGAAUAAAAGACAUAAAAAAAUACAA